UGAAAAGCAAAUUUCAAUUUUUAUCGAUUGUUCAAAUAAAGUUCCAGAAUCAUGAAUAGAUUUUGCAUUCAAUGGAGAAAUUGUUUUGGUUAUAUUAAUUCAACUUUUACAAAAAAUCCGUCAAUUUUAUCCGUGCCUCAAAUCAUCUCGUAUAAUUCAAAUCGGCAAAAAUGUCAAGCUGGACGUUAUAAGGUUACAUUGAAACGUAACCGUCCAUUAACUUAUGAACAAGCAAAUAAACCUAGUUAUAUUGGUGUUCGUAAAGGUUGGAAUUCAUGGAAUACCAGUUCUUUGGUGGGCGUAUCAUUGACAAGCGAAGUAACCAUUGAUGAUACAUUUAUUAGAAAAUUUUUAGCUGGUACAUGGCAUCGUUUAUUUCUCAGCGAAAUUAUAAUCAAACGUCGCGGUAAUAUGAUACAUAUUGGUGGUAUUGUUAAUCAGGCUAUUCCUGCACGAAAAUAUUACUGGUUAAUUGGUUACACGGAAGAGCUAUUGUCUCAUCUAUUAAAAUGUCCUGUUAAGGUCGAUGUGUCAACAACAGCAGAUCGCAAUGCUCUUAUCUAUAAAUACAUUUAGAUUGUAGAUUAUUAUGUAAAUAAAAUCUUGAAUGAAUAGAAA